GUCACUUCGUACAAACAGCGGGAGAUUUGCGUGGAAGAGUUGGAUCACUACUUCCGGGUUUGAGAGCGUCCAUGCCGGCACUCGUUAUGCCCAACAGACCGUCAAUGUCCGCGUUUGAGGAGGACUUGGUCGCAAAUACUGCUGAGUUGGGGAAUUGGCCAGGUGUCCAUCCCAUGCACAUCCCGAGUUAAGUCCCGCUCAAGUUUGGAAGUCCUGUUGAAGUGCUGCUAGGCCACAAGCCACGCCACGGUGAAAGGUCCGUGACUGUCGCAAAUUCUCCUUUUUGAGGUGUCUAAAGAACACUUUUCUGGUCCAGGAGGUGGACAAAACCCACCAGAAUUUAAGCAAGGGCGCCCACAGGACCUAAAGGUCACACACACCCAGAUGUUAAGACAGAUUCACAGAGUAAACUAUCUUGUUUGGUGGAGAGAGAGGAGGAAAACAAACAAAUGCAUGUCUGCACAAAAUUAGAUUUUGUUUUCAUUUAUCAUGCUAGUUAUUGAUUAUUGUGAAAGGCCUAGUUAUAUUUAUUUUAUAAUUUAUUUAUUUAUAGCCUGCAUUCAUCUUUGUAUGUACAACCAAGUGAAACAAAACAGAAAUGAGGAAAUGAAUGAUGAAAAAGCAGAAGCGAGUCCUGCCCUAAAGAGCAGAAGUUCAAAUUCAGAGCACAAUCUGACCUGAUAUGUUGACUGUUGACAGAACUCUGCUGCUAUGGAAAAUAUGCUGAGCCAAAGGACCGGUGCAACUCUCCUCUUUGUGUUUUCCCUGCUAACUCCUGUUUGCAUGGCCGGUGCAGAUGAAAAGGGAUUUGAAACGUGUGUGACGUCACAGAAGAGAGUCCAAGACCUUUCCUAUAAAAAUCUAACCUCUGUUCCGUUCAAUCUCCCGAACACGACUGAGUAUCUGGACAUCUCCCACAACUCCAUCCAAAGACUUGUCGCAGGGUCUUUCCACCGAUUGUCUCGGCUGUGUUUUCUGAAAGCAACCCAUUGCGGCCUCAGGGACAUUUGUCACCGUGUGUUUUCACACACUCCAGCACUCAAAGUUGUCAAUAUAUCCAGCAAUGAAUUGACCAUUAUUCCAGAUUUUACACUGCAACAACUGACAAUCUUGGAUUUGGCCCACAAUUUGUACAAGAGCUAUCGGUUACCAGAGUCUUUUCAGAAACUCACAAAUCUGAAAGUACUGUCCUUGGGAAGUAAAACUGCUCUGUCUGUGGAUUUAAAUGACUUUAGAGCAUUGCUGAACAUCUCCUUGCAACAUUUUCUUCUGGGUGCAGGUGAUCGCUGGCAAAAGUACGAGUCAGGAGCUCUUGGAAAAGUGUCCCUACGGAAAAUGUCCCUUUUCGCAUCAUUUUGCCAGCGCUUUGAUUUGUUCCAGAAUCUCCUGAGGGAUUUGAAUGAGACGCGAGCAACUGCAUUGAGGUUGGUCAAAGUGUUCUCCGAUGACUGCAACAUUACUGAUGGUGUUUUCCAAAACCUGAGAGCGAUGCCUUACUUGCAAAACGUCACAAUCGAGAACACCUGGACAAAUAGUUCUUUCAUGGUGAUGCUGCUGAAGGACAUUGAGCUCUCAUCUAUCCAGGAGCUCUCGUUCGUCAACAUCACGUACAAUGAAGAUACGCCGGAUGGGAUUCAGUUUCACACCCGGAAUCACACAAUGAGUCUCCGCUAUCUGACAUUUGAUGGCAUCAAACAUUAUCAGUACAGUUACCCCACAAUUAGCAUCAACUCUGAUGGAUGGUCAAAUCUCAGCUAUCUCAAGUUUUCUGGGAGCGGCAUGAACAUUUUACCCUGCAAAGUCAUGUCCACCUUGCCAUCUUUGGAAACGCUGGAUGUGUCCGAUAACCUCUUGACAGAUUUCGGUUUCUGGUGGCCUUCUUGUUCCUCCACUUCUGUGUUCCCAAAGCUGAAGCGCUUAUCGAUGAGUAAAAAUCGUUUUCGUAGUCUAGCGUUCAUCUCAAGACAGACACACCAGAUGAAGACACUGGAGUCCUUAGAUUUGAGCUUCAACUCCAUUGAGUUGAAAGACAACUCUUGCUCUUGGCCCGUGCAACUGACCGAGAUCAAUCUAAGGAACAACAAUCUCGGCAACAGCAUUUUCAAGUGCCUGUCAUCAAAUUUUGAGCGGAUUGAUUUAUCGAAAUCGGGAAUAACAGUCAUAACCCAAGAGGACUUGUCCCGAUUUCCCAAACUGACCCACCUCCAGCUCAGUUUCAACAGCAUCCAAGCGCUCCCUCCGCUACUCGAUGCCCCCACUCUCAUCAGUUUAUCUGUGGACCAGAAUGCUAUCACUUGUCUUUCCAAGAAUGUCUUUGGGGGACUUCCCAACCUUCGGACCCUCAAAGCUGGAAACAAUCCCUUUAUAUGCUCCUGCGACCUUCAUUGGUUCCUCACUGCCUUAAACAAGUCCUUGCUCUCGGACUGGCCCUUGGACUAUUCCUGCAGCACCCCGGCCAGUUUGGCAGGCCUGCCGCUCUCCCAGUACAAAACCAGCGUGAUCUCGUGCGAAACAUGGCUCCAGACUGCAGUCGCGUUCUCGGUGAUAAUAGUCCUGUUGACAGCCCUGGGCCUGCUUUACUACAAAAUGGAUGGCGUGUGGUACACAAAGAUGUUGUGGGUGUGGAUUAGGGUGAAGAGGCGUGGCAAGAAACAUUCACACAUGCUGGAGAAUGCGUCAUUUUCGCAUCACGCGUUCAUCUCCUACAGUCACCGUGAUGCCAACUUUGUUCACAGUCAGCUGGUGCCCUCCCUGGAGAAUGCUGGCCUCGUCUUAUGUGUUCAUGAACGGGAUUUUGUACCAGGCCAUUGGAUCAUCGACAAUAUCAUCAACAGUGUGGAGUCCAGCUACAAAGUGCUCUUUGUCCUCUCCAAACAUUUUAUCCAAAGCGAAUGGUGCAACUACGAGCUUUUCUUUGCCCAGCAUCGAGCCGUAGACAUUCAGCACGACUCCUUGGUUUUCAUCUUACUGGAGCCAAUCCCAAUCGAUGCUUUGCCAACAAAGUACUUGAGACUUAGAAGUUUGCUCAGGCAGCAGACGUACCUGGAGUGGCCGACGGAUGAGCGCAAGCAGCAGGUUUUUUGGGCGAGUCUUAAAUCCAUGCUGCACAUGGCAGACCAAUCCAUUGUUUUGAAGGACAUGGCGUUGGCACUUUCAGAUAUUGCCGCUCUCGUUACAAACCAAAUUUAACGUCAUUUACAGUGCAAAUUCUUUACGUGGGCACCGUUUAUGUCAACAACCCGACUAUGUCGACCAACUCAUCAAGUCCUGGUCCACAGUGUUCUACUUUUACAUGGUCAGUCGCUUUUGUUGACAUUACAUUUGAGGCCCACAAGAUAACUACGGUCUAGUUGCAGAGCAUUAAACAUGAGCAGUUACAUCCUGUUCAGUGCAAAUUAAGCUUCAAAAUAAAAAUACUGGGCAUGGGUGGCAUUGCUCGGGCAGUUGAGUGGUUGGGAUGUUGAGGUAUCCUUGGGCAAGAUAUUGACACGACUACAUCAGUACAUAAAUGUGGUAACAGCGUGAAAGUGCUAUGAGUACCUUGAAGGUACCGUUUACUUUUCAAAUGAAGUUCCACCUCAGAAAUAUUGUACUAGCAGAGGUUAGUUAAAUGAAGGAAGUUUUGAUAGUUAUUCAAUUUAAGCAAAUGUUUUGUUCAUAAAUGUGAAUUUUGUUCAUUCAUUUCAUAUUGUUCAUUUAAAGAAAUACAUUAUAUUUGUGCAAAUGCGUUCUUAUUGUGAACUUAGCCCAACUGCUGAUCUAUUAAAUGCUGUUCUUAUACAAUAUAGAAGUAAGUAUUCUUGGUCACAAUUGAUUGUAAUGCUCUAAUCUAUCAUCUAUUAACUAGCUAAAACAUUCACCAUGUCACUUAAACUUAAACUUAGUGGUUGAUGGUCCUCUGAUGUUCAAAUAUUUAACAAACACAAAUCAAAUCCCACAACAG